AUGAGUACAUUUCAAUUAUUCCCUCCGCCUGCGCCCGAGGUGCGAGGGUCCAAGAACCCAUUUCGAAAGGGCGUUCAGAAACCCGCCAUGAAAGCCGAGCCGGGGUCUCCUGUUCAACUUGACGAGAUCAAGGAUUCUGCGAAGACGGAGUCGGUCUUGCUUCAAAUUAUUGAGGAUACCAAAAGUACCCAAUCUACCCAAUCAUUUCCCCCUUUGCCACCAGUUCCGACAUCUCAAAUCUCAAGAUCCAAAAAGUUGGCUACCGGGUCAUCGCAGCAGUCGAGGCCUGCUCAGUCUGCUAGCAGUCGGAGCCGUCAAUAUCUCGAGUCUGCGGAGAGUAGUGCUAGUUCGAGCAGUAACAGUGCACACGCCUCGAGCUUGACUGUCUCGCCUCAAUCUUCGCAGUCAUCUGUUUCGCCUGUACCGAUGAGAUCGAUGUUUCCUCGCUUUGAUCCGAAGGUUGCGCUCAACCAGCAAAACAACACUCCACAUAUGUCUACCGAUGCACCCGCGCGUAAAUCUCGCAGACCAAAUCUCACCCUCACGACCACAUCGGAUAUUGAUAAUGUCCUCGGUCCAAAAACAGUUCCUGCAAGUGUGGUGAACUUUCCCAUGGGCGUCCUUGAGUCGGAAGAGAUUCAAUACUCUUCCAAGCAAGAUUUGGAAACUUUAUGGGAGGCUGCCAACGGCCAAAGACCGCAGGAAACAUGUGACCUACUCGAACAACGAAAUCUCGCUCUCCCGAGCACCCCCUCAAACCCAGAAGGCGACGUCCCAAUCAUGGGCCUGAACCUCGAGGACCGGCACCGCCGUGAAUACCCCAACGACGACCUUGUGGCGCUCAUCUUCUCCAGACUAGCCGCUAUACUCGCCAUCGAGCAAGCAGAAGAGAUCAGCAAACAGCACCACCUCACCUCCUCCGAAGCAGCCGAUGUCGAAAGCAACGCCCUCAAACAAGCCGCCGCACAGGAAUCCUGUCGUCUAUCUUGGAACCGCAACCUGCGCUGCUACGAGCUGCGUCACCCCUCUUUCUCAAAACGGACACCGCCAGCCUUGGUUGGCGCCGCGGGCAUUCCUCUUUCCCCCGUUCGAUCUCGAUCAUCGGGUAUUCUACAUAUUACUGUUUCCGCACCUUCGAGCGAUGCCUCGCCUGCUCAACCGCCGACUAUCAUCGUAACGGGACCUGUCUCGUCGACUGCGAUGGAGGCUGCGCAGCAGGCCGCAACGGCGCGAACGUCGACCCUACCUGUGACAGACCAGGACGAGCCACUCGCCGCGCUUGAUCUCGCGACCCAAACGCUCUCUAUUUCACCGGCUGCUGUCAUCGCGACGAUCCCCUCGCUGUACGCGAUCGACUCGCUCAUCGCGGCAAUCCUCGCAGUCGCCGUUUCAGAUGGAACAACCAAUCCCAUCUUGGCUGAUAUGAAACUCGGUGAUACCAGUCGCCCUUCCGACUCGUAUAAACCAAGUGAACCAUCUCAAGCCCCAUACCGCGGGAGACUUAUCACGACACUCGCAGAGCGAGAAGACUACGCCGAGAGUCUGCAACUAGCCUCCCAAAUCGAAGACGCGAAUGCAAAGGCCGAGACGGCAGCGAAGAGAAAAAGCCUCUUUAAAUUCUGGGACCGAUUGAAAACCAAAUCCCCGCAGGCUGGGCCUAGUAUACGGAAGGGCAAGAAUAAGAAGCAGCAGGUUGUGGUUGAGGAAAUUGAUCUGGAGAAAUAUGGUCGGUAUGGCCAUGGCUCGUCGCGGGAGGGGGAGAAGUUGCCCGGGACGGUUCGAACUAUCCUGAAGAUAUUGUUUUGGGGGCUGGAGCUGUUGGUCAAAGGUUUGACACUUGCUGUGAAGGUGCUUGCGUGGGUGCUGGUACGCUCGACUCGGUGUGCGACGAGUGAGAAGUUCUGA